UGAGGUUGGAACAGCCAUUCAAGAAAAGAUUCACAAAAAGUUGGUGAAGCGGGAGGACCUCUUCAUUGUUAGCAAGUUGUGGCCCACCUUCUUUGAAAGAAACCUGGUGAUGAAAGCCUUCCGGAAGAUGCUCAAGGAUCUGAAGCUUGACUAUCUGGAUCUCUAUCUUAUUCACUUUCCACAAGGACUGAAGCCUGGAAAGGAGCUCUUCCCCAGUGAUGCUAAUGGCCAAUUCAUCAUGGGCACAGCAACAUUCUUGGAUGCCUGGGAGGCCAUGGAGGAGCUGGUGCAGGAGGGGUUGGUGAAAUCUCUUGGUGUCUCCAACUUCAACCACUCUCAGAUUGAGUGGCUCCUGAACAAGCCUGGACUGAAAUACAGACCAGUGAAUAAUCGGGUCGAAUGUCACCCAUACCUGACCCAGGACAAACUGAUCCAGUACUGCCACUCCAAGGACAUCACUGUCACAGCCUAUUGCCCCCUGGGAUCUCCAGAGAGACCUUGGGCCAAGCCAGGGGAACCUUUACUGCUGGAAGAUCCCAGGAUUAAGGAGAUUGCUGAGAAGCACAAAAGAAGUGUAGCCCAGGUUCUGAUUCGCUUCCAUAUCCAGAGGAAUGUGGCGGUGAUCCCCAAGUCUGUGACACCAGCACGCAUCAUUGAGAACUUGAAGGUCUUCGACUUCACAUUGAGUAAUGAGGAGAUAGCCACCAUCCUCAGCUUCAACAGAAACUGGAGGGCCUGUUCUUUACUUAGUUUUCUCAUUUGAGUGAGUAUCCCUUCCAUGCUGAAUACUGAAGC